UGUGUGUUCAUCUCUUUGCUCUUUUCAUCAUGCGGCCGUUCUCUCCGUUCUCACGGAAACCUUUACUACUUCUCGGGUUUAUUUCUGUAUUUAUAUUUCUAUACAAUGUGGCGAGUCAUCCUCGAGUAGAAAAAACCAUGCAGCCUACAGCUUAUUACAACGACUACGAUGAAGCGGUGUGUCUACCCGAUCGUGUUCUCAAGAAACAACCUCCCCAUCAGAAAGCCAAAGCCGCCAUUGUCAUUCUCGUUCGAAACAGCGAACAGGUGGCCAUUGCAGAAACGCUUGAAAACUUUCAGGACAAGUUCAACAACAACUUUGAUUAUCCCUAUGUCUUUUUGAAUGAACAAGAAUUUACCACGGAAUUCAAAGAUGCAAUGCAUCAAGCCGCUCCCAAUGCGUCCAUGAGCUUUGGCUUGGUCUCCGUGGAACACUGGAGUUACCCCAGUUGGGUGAAUCAGACUUAUGCACAGGAAUGUCGAGAACGCAUGGACGCCGAAAAUGUGUUUUACGGAGGCCUUGAAAGCUACCAUCACAUGUGUCGCUAUCAAUCUGGCUUCUUCUUCAACCAUCCGUUGCUGGAAAAUUAUGACUGGUACUGGCGUGUGGAACCUGGUGUGCGAUUUUAUUGCGAUAUCACGUAUGAUCCAUUCUUGUAUAUGCAGAAAUACAACAAGCAGUACGGUUUUGUCGUUACGCUUUUGGAACUGCGAGAAACGAUCCCGACGCUUUGGAAAACGGUCAAAGAAUACGCUCGAUCGCGUCGUCUGGAUCUUUCCGAGAAAAAAAGCAGUCUUUUCCCUUACUUUGAAGACGACAAUGGUGAUUACAACCUUUGCCACUUUUGGUCCAACUUUGAAAUCGCGUCUCUGAAUCUCUGGCGAAGCCCGAGUUAUCGCGAUUUUUUCAACUAUCUCGAUCAGACCGGUAAUUUCUUUUAUGAACGUUGGGGAGAUGCACCAGUUCACUCGUUAGCGGCUGGAUUGUUCUUGUCCACGGAUGAAAUCCAUUACUUUGAAGAUUUUGGAUACCAGCACGACAAGUACCGUCACUGCCCUUCAAAAGAAAGUGGAUUAGGUUGUCGAUGUGAAUGUCCUGAAGGCACAACAGAUGAAAGUAUCGAUCAUGAUCAGCAUUACGAUACGUGUUUACCAAAGUGGAGAGAUUGGGUCAAGAAAUCCAAUGCGAGGAAAAAGGGUUGGAGAAACGUAUGGGCAUAGCAUGAUCUGCGACCCAUUUUCUUUUAGGUAUACCAUUCUCAUAAACCCGCUCUUACGUGUUUCAAUACAUAAUAUUACACAUUAGUAAUAUCGACAAAGGAACAAACAGGAUAGGAGAGUUCCAUUGGUGAGAGAGCGAGAGAGAAAGAUAAUAAGCACAUGUAGAGAAUAGCUUUAAUACAGAAAUGAUAAUAACAAGAAAAC